AUGGACGCGUCGGAGUUGUUUUCCAUUUCCUCGAGGCAGCCUGCCCGAAUGCCUCCAGAUAUCAAGGAACUGCCCCCCAUUACUCGCGGACGCAGCAGCAAUCUCCCAGACAGGGUCGGCAGUCCAUCAGGAAGCCCGCAUCAUUCUCGCCGGAAAUCAGCUGGCUGUUCCAUGCGAACAGUGAAGGAGGAACGCCAACAGGCAGAUGCAGGGUUCAGUGAGGAAGCUAUCGGAAGCCGCGCCAGCCUGGAUUCAGACAGGGAGACAACAGACGGCCACAGGGAAGAUUCGCGGCAGCCUCGCCCAGCUUUAUUUGCUCGACACCGCACGGGACGAAAUCAUGACCUCCUGGUUCCGCACAGUGGUAGUAGUAGCAGGCGCUCAAGCUGCAAUUCGUCGUGCGGCCCGCUGCCCACAUGGGACGAAUUCUUCGAGAAAUGCGAGGACGUCAGACCUUCAGAUACUAGCGACCGUCUACUACGGGAGGGCUCACUGCCGCUGCGCGUAUUUGCUUAUGAUGCAAGAGGGCACGGUGCGACCAUGUGUGCCGACAGUAAGACUUUGUCAGCCGAAGUCUUAACAGAGGACGGUAUUGCAAUUGUGCAGUAUCUUUUCAACCGCCUGGUGAAAGAUGAACUAUCGCCAAGCGGUAUCCGACAGGGAGAACCAGCUCCAGAAAGCACGAAGACGGAUGGAGCUGUAGGAGGAGAGGCCAAUGCGCACCGAGAUCCAGAUUCGCUCCCAUCUGUAAUUUUAGUGGGCCACAGGUUCGUGCCGCACCCUAUGAUCCUGCCCUUUUGGGGGCUCGUUGACUACCUCAGAGGAGCGUUGAUGUAUUUUCUGCCGGUCUUGCUUGUGAAUCUUGGCCAAUGCAGCAUGGGUGGAGCUAUUGCCACACGGAUGGCGGCUUCGGGGCGCGUUCCGCAGCUUCAUGGCUUAAUGGUGUUGGAUGUGGUGGAAGGGACCGCUCUGGCAGCCUUGCCGCAGAUGGCCGCCUUCGUCAGUCGGUUCCCCAGCCUUUUCACGAGCUGUAAAGAGGCUGUGAAUUGGAGCAUUUUUGCUGGACUACUGUGCAACAAGAGCAGCGCUGCAAUAUCAAUUCCUUCCCAGCUUGUGAAGACCACUCGGGGGGCACUUCCAGCGAGUCACAAGGGCGCAGAGAAGGGACCGCCUGACGAAGAAGUAUGGACAUGGCGCGUUGACGUGAUGGCCACGGAGCCGUAUUGGGAAGGAUGGUUUCGGGGGAUGUCACAGGCAUUUCUGGCAAGCCGUUGCGUGAAAAUUUUGAUAUGUUCUAGCAGCGACCGCUUGGACAAGGAGCUGAUGAUAGCACAUAUGCAGGGGAAGUUUCAAGUGCAGAUUGUUAGUGGUUCAGGCCAUGUCAUUGAGGAGGAUCAGCCUGCCGAGCUCUGCCGUGUUGUCCAGACGUUCAUCACCCGUUAUCGGCUCCAUCUACCCCCCAGCCAGCGCGCGGGACUGGUAAAAGGAUGA